UUCCGGCAGCGGUGAAACCGAGGAGAAAGCAACGAUAGGCGUCGGAAGUAAAACAGAAAUUGUUUCUGAAACCCUCGGAUUUGCACAAUUAUCGCAUAAGGGAAGUGAGCUUCGUUUAUAAACCCUUUCAUCUUGUAGAUUAAACUUUAUUUAGCGUUUUUUUUAAACGUGUAUCGCCCCCUUGAUGAAGUGGGAUGGCUGCAGUGCCGACUGGGCCUAGCAGCGCAUUGCCAGCAUCCCCGGCUGAAAUUAUUCCCUUCCCCGGGGAUGGGAGUUUCGAACCUGGGCAAGGGGAGCACUCUGGCUGCGGUCGGGAGGGCUCUGUAGCAAGACAGGAGCAGCAGGUCAGCGAGGACAAACGGUCAAGUAAGAAAAAACAGAAAAACAUGCUAUCCCAUGCUAACCCGGCUGCGCUACACCUCAAAACGCAAGCCCUGCAAGAACAGAAAAUUAACGGCUUGGUCUGUCCGUCGGAAAAUCGACCCAAAAAUCUGAGAACGUCAACGGAGUACUGUGACAACAGUAGUUUUGGAGACGACCCGAGCGACAAAAACAAUAGCGACCAUUGCUGCCAACAUGAGGACCACAGUCCGUGUUCGAAAGGCAGCCACCCUCACUUGAACAACAAUAGCAUGAACGGUAUGCUGACUAUCACAAGAACUGAGGCUAUCCAAAGCCACCCUGUAACGGGAGACAGCCCCUGUGGUAACGUUAGGAAAGGGGAAUGCGACCCCACGGAAGCCCCUCAUCCACCGAGCCAGCAGUCCCCAGACUGCGAAGGCCCCGGUGAGCCCCGGGCUGGAGUAGAUAGUGAACCCGACGCCCCAAACCAGCCGCCGGUGUCAGAAUUAGCGAGGCUGGAUCUUAACUGUUCGCCUUGCCGAGGAGAGGAAGAGAGCCAGGGGAUUCAUUAUGUCCGAUACGAAUCCGAGUUACAGAUGCCAGGAAUCAUGAGGUUGAUCACCAAGGACUUAUCUGAGCCCUAUUCCAUUUAUACCUAUAGGUACUUCAUCCACAACUGGCCGCAACUCUGCUUUCUGGCCAUGGUGGAGCAGGAGUGCGUGGGGGGCAUUGUGUGCAAGCUGGACAUGCACAAGAAGAUGUUUCGUCGUGGCUACAUCGCCAUGCUGGCUGUGGACUCCAAACACCGGAGGAAAAGCAUUGGUACUAACCUAGUGAAGAAGGCCAUCUAUGCCAUGGUAGAGGGGGACUGUGAUGAGGUGGUUCUUGAGACUGAGAUCACUAACAAGUCAGCUCUGAAGCUGUAUGAGAACCUGGGUUUUGUCCGAGACAAGCGUCUCUUCAGAUAUUAUCUGAAUGGUGUGGACGCGCUGAGGCUCAAACUCUGGCUCCGCUAGAGAGAGGAGGAUGACAGGUGCUGCCCUCUUACUGAACCAACUCCACAGUCUCAGUCACACACAUGCACCCUUAUGCACAUGCACACAUAUUCACAUACAUAUGCAUACACAUAGGCACACGCACACUACCCCCAUCAGACAUACACCCCUCCUUUUUCGAUCCUCGACAUCUUGGAUAAUGGCUCUUUGGUCAAGGCUGCACUGAAAGGACAGACAGAAAUCCCACCAAAUGUUUUUAUGAAGAGACCCCUGAUGCCUUAGCUGUAUGACCCUGUGAGAGGGGGGAGGGAUGUGUAAUGUGGUCUGGUGACCUUUUAGCCUCUAAACUUUGACCCCCCCAACGGAGCAGUGUGUGAGGCAUGAGGUCAAGUCAGUACCCACAAGCCCCCGGAGGGCAACUCAUCACGUUGAGUCAUCCACCAGAAUGCAGGCAAGAAGAAGUGGAGAAAAAAAAGAAUAAGGAGGGUGAAAAUAAGGAAGUGGGGGGGGAAGACUCAAGAAAUAUUUGUCAAGGUUUUUUUUGCUUUUCUUUUUUAAUCUCAUGAGUCAACAGGGGUUUGGAAAAGCUAUAGUGUGUGUGUUUGUUUUGCCUAGUGGAUUUGGAAAAGUGAGUGUUCAGGCUAUUUCUUGUAUGCACGUGUAAGGGAUGUGGUUGGUGUGACUGGGUAUGAGUGUUUGUGAAGUUGUGUAGUGCUUGAUGGGAAUCCUGAGUUAUGCGUGUUGGUGUGCGUUUCUCCCCCCGUCUGUGUUUUUGUUGCCCCCUACGGUGUGAGAUGAUCACGCCGAUUGCUUUGCUCGCUGUUCAGUUUUCACCCCCAGACAAAGAGCUGGAGCCUGUAAAGAUAUGCAUGCAUUCAUUUUAACACAAGUGGCGGGAUGAGUGUGUGUUGAUUAACACUGAGCGUUGCCCAGUUCCAAACAGAACCAUAGUCCUAACUCCUAGGCACGUGUAGAUCUGAAAGGACUGGACUGGUGUAAGCAGUAUGGUGCCAAUUCCUCCUGGCCUAUCAGAGGGCAAGGUGGGGCUAUAACCAUUUUAAUCAUUCCUAUUCUAUCAUUUUAGACAUAUAUGAAGUGCUUAGUGGAGGAGGGGCUAUUUUGAGUUUGGGCCUUUUUGCAGAUCAAAGCAAAUUUUCACCAAAUGCACUUCCAGCCACUGGAACACUGCUGAAUAACCUUUAGAAGGAGAGAAUUCAGUUUCAUUCAAAAUAGUCAUUGUAGGUGUGGGAGGGGAAACUAUUCCAUUAUUGCAGUUUGUUCAUUCAGAUUCCUCCGAACUUGUAGACUCUCGUUCCCAAGUACCACUCUGUCUUUCAAUUUAUCUUCGUCACAGUUGUCUGUCUGAAUGAACCCCAUCCAGAGUACUCGAGUCCUGUUUCAGCAUGGCAAAGUGUCAGGCUGGAAUAGUAAUAUUGAAAAUGCUGGGCCCCUGUUGGCUUCGCUGUGUGUUUUGAGCUCAUCUUUGGUUCACCUCUGGUAAAAGAGGGCAGAAGGCUUGUUAUCAGUUUUCCUAUCAGCAAUUUGCUUUCUGAGUUUGUUUAGAUUCCUUACUAUACGCUCUUACACUCGCUCACUUUCCCUUUGUGUCCGAGCCUUGUGUGCACUUCCCAGGCACCCUACUCUGAUGCAGAUCCCCAGUAACAUUUUAGAUCUCCACUGUCCUCCUGGGAAUGACUAACGCACCAGGUGUUUUCUAUCCACUCGAAUUAUGGCAAAGAAAAUAUGCAUUUGUGGCUGCUUUAAAAAAAAAAUGAAAAAAAUAAAUAUAUAUACAUAGUUUUUUUCUUCCCAGAGUAAAUGAACAAAGGUCAGAUGCACUUUGUUUGGCUAUUGCUGCAGUGAGUAUGUGUGUGUCUGUGUUGAAAGAGGUACGCGUGUUUUGACAGAUUGGUAUGGAAUCGGUUCUGUUCAGACUCCCACUUCGCCCAUUCCCAUUUAAGUCCUCUACAGUAUAGUGAAGACAUGGAUCCCGGGAGCUAUAGUACUGAGCAGCAGUAAGAACUGAAGAGCUGAAUCAUGUCCUAGCAGAGACACUACUGUUCUGAGCCGUGACUGCUGUCACAAAGGCCAAGAGGGAGCAGCUAUCUAGUAUCUACCCAUGAUGUGUUCUAUGGUAUACAUUGACAUACACAAGUCAUUUUGGGCCAGGUUUACUCAGUGUUUGCAUCUGCUAUUUUACAUCUGGUAUAAAAACAUGCCAACAGUUAGGAACUGUUACCUGAGGUCUUUGUCGAAAUAGGCCGGUCUGCUAUUCAACUGGCUACGAUUGCAGAAUGGGAAGUAGGAGCGGAUCGAAACCGACGGACUGACCACCCACACAUCAGCUUGU